GCAGGGACAAAGCACCCACAGAGAUGAGGCCAUCUUGGGGGCCAUUCUACAGCAUAACACCUCCUCAUUGUGCCCCAAGGGUGGACACAGUGGAUUUGGAAGUCCAGUGGUUGUAGUUGGAUUUGCUACAGUGCAGAAUUCGAAAUCAAUCAUAAGUGCAAUGUGGAGGAGUGUUAUGAUAUACACACAGUUUCCCCACACAUUUUUUUUUAUCUUAGAGUCUCUUACUGUCACCCAGUGGACUGCAUGAGGACAUGCAGGACAUAGGAACACUCUCAGGAAACUGGCUCAGACUCAGACUGUGUUAAAAUAGCACUGCGGUGUCAGCUCACUGGACUAUUUUUAACCCUGCUGGGGACAUUGCACUGAAGGCACAUGAGCGGCGUUGUGGUGUAGGUGUUUUUGUAUGAGAUUCCUGCUGACUGUUUGGAUUUAAUAUACUGCACAAAUGAAAUAAAGUGGAAUUGACAAUCUUUCAAAUACUGGGGAAUCAACUGACUGGAAUAAAGAUGAGCUAUUAUAGAAGCAUCAAAGCAUCAAAGUUGCACAGACACUGUGAGAGCUGCUACAGCCGGCGCUGCAGGGCUCCUGUUGAAAUCGCAGUGUCAUGUGUGAUCAUCAGCUGCCGGGCGCUUUGUGGAGCGACCUUUCACCUGUGCAAAGAGGAGGAACAUGCCCUUCUGUGCCCGAAUGAGAAAGUGCCCUGCCUCAAUGUGCACUAUGGCUGCCCCUUCACAAUGUGUCGCUCAAGACUGGCAACGCACCUUGAGGUGUGCCCAGCCAGUGUGGUUUGCUGCUCCGUGGAAUGGAACCGCUGGCCACUUGAGGACAUACAUAAUGAUUUCUACAUUAAUAUUUUGAACGAAGACAAAGAUGAGGGGGCUCUUGACCUCUCGAUGGCCCUGAGAGACCAGAGGCACCUAUGUACCAGGAUAAAAAUGAAGUCGCUCUUCCCAGAAUUAAUGGAUCAAGAAGAUGAGCCCCCUCCACCUGAAGAGGAAGGAGCAGUGGGAGGAGAGCCCUAUUCAGAUGGAGUUGAAGUUAACGGAGGAUCAAAUGAUCACUUUGGUCAAAACCCCACAAAGGCUACAAAGAAUGAAAAUAUACCGGAAGAGAAGAUGGCUGCUUCAAGCGAAAAUUCUAUUGACCGUGACAAAUAUGACAGGUAUGAGAAAAUGUUUAGCAAGGAGAGAGGUGGCUGCCGACAGGCCGCGGUAGAAAAAGAUGACAAAAAAGAGAAGGAUGGAUCAUCAAAAGGCCAAAGGGCAGGUAUGGUGGAGAAUUCAAGAGGUUCCAAUGAAGGGUCAGAAAGUGGCCAUGCUCCAUGGCAGAAAGGGGUCUUGGAGCGGGUUGGACAAGAGCUCACUGCUCAGGAAUACAACAUGUACAUAGUGCACAACGGGCGCAUGCUGAUUUCUUUUGGCCAAAUGCCGGCUUGCACGCCGAGGGAAAAGGACUUUGUUUACGGAAAACUUGAACCCGUAUCUCUUGACUCUAUGACUAUCCCCUUAGGUUCCUACAAACCUCCUGUGAGCUACAGGGAGAAACGGAGGGACAGGAAAGAUUAUUCAAAGGUCCCAGAAACUGAGAGCAAGUACACUGAUACCUCUGAUUUGGAUGACAUUCAAAAAAUGGACGAAAUGUAUGCAACUUUGUUGUGCUGUGCAGAGAAAGAGAUUCGUGGGCAUAAAAUCUGUGAGACCGUGCCAAUAGAUGGGCUCUUCGUUGACAUAGCAACCCAAACGUACAGCUUCCCAACAGCUCCAUACAAGCACGAUACAUCACUGGCUGACAUCACAACUGACAAAAAGUCGAAACUUUACGUUCAGACCGUAACAGAGAGCAUCAGCGCACGACAUGACCCGACCAGCUGCCCAUUCACCUUUCGAUGUGGGCACCCCUUCAGACGAGACGAGUAUCCCUACCAUUACAAAAACGUGCACGCAGACAUCCAGUUCUCCCUGGAUGGCUGGUUUGAACAGAGGUGUCCUCUGGCUUACCUGGGGUGUACACACACCCGGAAGAACUUCCAUCCAUUUUCACAAAAAGCCGUUGUCACCUACCACCAGGACCUGAGCACUUUCAGUCUUAAACCAGAGGUGUGUGGCUCACUCACAGCUGUGGCCCAGCUUGGUCCUCAGGAAAUGAAUGAAGACUCCCUCAGCUGCCUGCCUUAUGAAGUCUUGUGUCACAUUGCUGGUUAUCUGGACAGCUUCACUUUAUCCCAGCUGGCUUUGGUGUCGCAGUUGUUCCGUGAGAUCUGUGCCACACACCUUCAAGAGAGAGGAAUGGUGACACUGAAAUGGAGGAAGAGGUCAUAUUCACAUGGGGGGUCCCGCUGGAAGUGUACUAAGGUGUGGGAGUUCAGCCAUCUUUUCAGCAAAGUUAACAGAUGGUGUUUUAAUGAUGACCCCUCCAUGUCGGACCAUCUAAAGACAUGUAACCCAGUGAGUUCCACUGAUUUGGCUGAACACCACCGGUGAGUGUACUGCUUUUGUUUGAGUUAGGGCUCUGCUCAGUCAUUUAGGCUACAAAAUGUGUCUUCUUAAUGCUCUCAAUACGUCCUAUAUUUCUUUUGGCAACUCUUGUUGUCAUAAAGUUUUCAAGUUGUUUUCAAGUGUCUGUCAUCAUUAUGAAGUAGUAAGGUAAUACACUGGGAAAAUGUAAGCACUCUAAUGCUAGAGAAAAUAACACAUUCAUUGAAACUGAAAGUGUAUUCAUGUCUUGAAAUGUGUGUGUCUACCUCUAUUCUGAUUCUAUUCUGUGCAUGGCCUGCAUAACAAUAGUUGUAAUCAGAGUAUAUUCUUGGCAAACCUGAUGACAGCAAUAUUUAUAUCACAGGUAGUUUGUGCAAACGAUAGUCUUUUUUUAACCUAGGCUGCUGAAUCAACCUCUAGCAGGUUGUCCUUGUUACAAGUCAUUUCAUUUUCUCACCAUUACUAUCAUUCAUUUUGUGUUUCAAAGCAACAGUAGAUGGUGCUGUUAGUAUAGUCACAACACUGUUAUAGAACUUUUUCAGGUUCGAGUAAAACAUUCCCAUGUGUUUCCAUUACAUGUUUGUUCAUAUGCCAAGUCAACAAGGCAUUUGUAAAUAUCGAUAACUUGAUUGAACUAGUUUAAUUUCAGCAGUAAUUUUAGUGUCCAAAUCUGAUUGGAAGUAAUUGGUCAGUGUAAUUACUGUCCUACCUUUUAUGCUAACAUGUGUACUUCUUUUAUCAAUUUAAGUGUUCUUAAUGUUCCAACACAUGUGUUUGUUGC